CGACCAUUUCCGAAAUUCAUCAGUGACGGCUGACCCUCCUGCCCUAAGAACUCAAUCAAUCUAUAUCAAUAUAUUGGAUUCUGUCUCCUGCACAGUAUGCCUGGGCUCGCUGUUACAACUGCAGCCAAGUCAGGAAGGACUUUGGCACAACUUCUCUUUUUAAGCAAAGCAAGUGCAAAUCUGAUCACAGUACUCAGAAUUUCUUUAGACCAUAACCUCAUAUGCUCUUUCUUCCAUACUCAGCUGGCGUGCCAAUACUGUGGAAAGGGCGCCAUAUCCCGGCAGCAAGGCUUUGUGCUACCCGCUACAUCACGUGACUCGCCAAAUUAUCACGUGACCAAGGCCUUGGUCACGUGACUCCGGCGCCUCAGAACAUCGCGAAGACCAGUCUGUUCAAGGCUCUCGUUUUCAGCUCGAUACACCAAACAGAGCACUCAGACACGAUGGUAUGUGUACCCCGAAACGGCCAAGACGCCCAAAUAUGCCGGUAGCUGAAAGCUCCCUUCUAGCGGCUUAC